AGUUGUCUGCGAUGGAUGCUGCCAAGAGCAUUAGAAUAAGCGAUGGAAUCGACACUCCCCUGUGGAUGUUCUGGAAACGACAGCGAUACAUGGUGGUCGCUAUGACUUUCCUGGGAUACUUCAACAUGUACUCGUUGCGAGUGAAUCUAAGCGUAGCGAUCGUGGCCAUGACAGACCUUCGCGAAGUGAUGCAUCCGAAUGGGACUGUGGAAUUUGAACGGGAGUUCGACUGGAGUUCUAGCGUUCAAGGAUACGUACUAAGCUCGUUUUUCUACGGUUACAUCCUGACUCAAGUGCUUGGAGGUUACUUAUCCAGUAGAUUUGGCGGAACAAAUGUCUUCGGUGUAGGAAUAGGUGCAACGGCAAUACUCACCCUGUUGACACCAUUACUGGCACGGCAAGGCGUUGGGUGGCUCAUAGCAGUACGCGUCCUUGAAGGAGCCUUCGAAGGACUUACAUUUCCCUGUGGUCACGCGAUUUGGUCAGUUUGGGCACCCCUUGGCGAACGGUCUCGGCUAUCUGCAAUAGCUUUGACGGGAGCUUUCGCUGGAACUGUUGUCACGAUGAUGGUUAGUGGAAUUCUCGCAGAUGCGUGGGGCUGGGAGAGCGUAUUCUACGUGUUCGGAGCGAUCGCAUGUCUGUGGCACGUUGCUUGGGUGCUGAUGGUGAGGAGAAGCCCGGAAGAUGAUAAUCGGAUAUCCAAACAGGAGAAGGAGUUUAUUAUGUUGGGAAGACAAAAGGAAGAUAAGGAGAACGUUCGGCACCCUUGGAUUAGGAUGCUCACUUCGAAAGCUGUUAUUGCCAUGUCAAUUGCCAACAUCUCCGAAGAUUGGGGCUACUAUCUUCUGCUAACCGGCCUACCGACAUUCUUGAAAACCGUCCUGGACUUCGACCUGCAGGACUCGGGAAUACUAUCCGCUCUUCCAUACCUGGCGAUGGGCAUCAUUCUGAGCACAUCCGGAUAUCUGGCUGAUUGGUUGCAGAUCCACGGCUACCUCAGCACCACCCAGGUCCGGAAGUACUUCACUUGCGGAGCAUUCAUCGUUCAGCUUAUAUGCAUGUUGAUCGGGGCUUUGACCUUAAGUCCCGCUCCUACGAUUAUCUGCGUUACUCUGGCCGUUGGAAUAGGUGGAGUCGCAUGGUGCGGUUACCUGCUGAACCCCUUAGAUCUUUCUCCGAAAAGUGCAGCUGUUCUGAUAGGGAUUACCAACGGAUUUGCCGCCAUCUCCGGAGUCAUAAGCCCCAUCGUUACGGGAUAUAUUACAACCAACAACAGCGAAGAUGAGUGGCGGCUGGUGUUCUACAUCGCCGUAGGAAUCUACAUUAUUGGAACCCUAGUCUACUGGUUCUGGGCCUCCGGUGAACUACAACCCUGGGCACUUGAAGUAACAGAACAGCAAUGCAAACCCUCCAAUGAAUCUGGUUUCAACCACAACUCAGUAGAAAAUAAACAAGUUUGAUUUUCA